CAAAUCAACAGAGUCAUGUUCCAGGAGUGGUUCCCAUUUGAGACGGGAGAGGAUCGGGCUUGGUGGUCUUGGUGUCGCGAGCGGGGCUCGAGUGGAUCGAUAGAGACAGGAACGGUCUCGGAUGUGCCAUGGAUGGGCAGGAGUGUCUUGAGGCGUCGAUGGUGACGUGCGACGCGUAGUAAUCGCGGAAUGCGAUGGAUAGGAUGGUUUGUGCCGGAUGAUAGCAGGCACCGGUAAUAUAGGUAAUAUAGGCAAUGAUAGUAUAGGCCGUAGAAGAGGCAGUAUGAAGUAGGCAGUGGGCAAUGGGCCAGAGGACGAAGGCCAGGAGGAGCAUGAUUGUGAUUGUCAUUUUUGGUUUCUGCGAAUGGAACGUGCAGACUGGCGAUGCCGAGUCAUUAUGGCGCCAAAACCCAGGGCGCCAACACCCACCAACACGAAUCACUCCUGUAGGGUGUGCUCAUCCCGCCACUGGUCCUGCCAAUCAUGCCCGGCACUGCGGCGAAUGGGGUGGAUGCCAUACCAGUGAUUUCCAUCUCUGCCCUGAUCCCAACCUCCACCCGCGCUCCAUGGUAGGAUAUUGAUCCGGAGAUGCUCGGCCAGCUCAUCCAGGACCCAUGGAGUGAGGUGGGUUUCAGAGCGAACAAGACCACUCCACGAACCAUGGAGACGUUUCGGGUC